AUGAGAUCAGAUCCACAGCAUGAGCCGUCGGCUGCUCAGACUGAGGAUGUGUAUGGUUUCUUGGAAGAAGUAGAUAGCGGCGAUCAGGAUAAUACAAGGAGAGCUGCAAACGCGCAGCCAGAGCCAGAGUCAGAACCACAGCCAGUAUCAGAGUCUGGGCCAAAGCCAGAGGUACAAGAGACUAUAGCUGACAUAGACGACUCGAACCCCGAAAUCGACGCACUCAGAUCUUCGGUCCGUGUAGUGAUGCGUAAUGUGCCCAGCUCAGCCGCCAUCGUCACAGUCGCUUGUAUCGAUCCCGAAACAAAUAAACGCAUUCCAGUAGGCGCUGCCAUAUCAUCGUUGACCACCGUCUCCAUGGAUCCACCGAUGAUAUCUUUCAAUCUCAAGGAGCCAUCCAAAACGUUAAGCGCCAUACGUGAGGCCAAUGGACUAUUCCGCAUUCACAUUACUUCAGCGAACAGGGGCGGCGCAAGCAUAGUGGAACUGUUCACUAGAGGCAAUGAUGCUGCGGCAUACAGCAAGCGGCGCAAAAAUCUCAAGCGGCUCUGGAUGCCAAGGAACAAGAAAGAGGAGAGUCAAUCUGAAUCUUUGGCGCCUCAAAUCUGGGAUGAUGAUGUGCAAGCUGCCAUGGAAUGUAGAGUAACCCAGGAGAUACCUGUCGCUGACCAUGUGAUACUUGUUGCCAAGAUCAGCUCAGUUCACAAAAAGGACGUCAAUAUUCCUGGAAUCCUCUAUGUGCGAGGAGCGUACACGCGUGUCGAGGGCACACAAAUAGCGGUGCAUACAGCAACCCCACCCGUUGAAAUUGCCCAGGAGGUUCAAACGCUGUGGGACUGUCCACGGUUUCCUGGGGAGGAGGACCGGCGUCAAUAUGUCGAGCAUAUCAAGUCCUUGGUCAAGUCGAACAAGUCUUACAUGGAACCAGGUAAAAGCUCGAUCAAACGACUUGCAUCGGCUCUCCCCUAUCAUCCACGGGCUCUGGGUAUAAAUCUAUACAUUCUCGUUGCCGAAUGCAAACGAGAGCUAGGACUCCCGAAUCCACAGCUUCCCGCGUCCCAAAUGGAAAUGCCUAUUCUCAACGAGUUCUACGGGCGAAUAUCGCCAGCAUCGCGGGAGAAGUUGAUUGACCGUGCGAAGAAACUGGUCUCGCAGGAUAUCGGCUUCCUCUCAUUACAAUAUGGUGCACUCAUGCAGCAUCUGAGUGCUUCAAAUUAUCUCAAGGAUUUCUUGCCGAGCGACAUCAUGAGACCCUUGCGAGAGGCCGGUCUUGUUGGCACGAUUGGCUAUCAAAGUAAGGGCACUGACAACGACAUUUAUAAGUUGGAACAGAUCGAGAACAAUCUUGUCCAAUAUCUGCGUACCCUUGAAUUUUCAGAGGUUCUAACUACGUCAAUGGACGAUCUCCUGAGGCGCUGCGGCGCAGAUGUAGGUGCGGCGACCUACUUCAAGAGCUCCCGCUCGCGCCUCCUCGCCAUGACGCAUCCAAAGGUGUAUAACCGCGACACUCUUGACAUCUCUGGUCAUGUUAAUGCAGCCGAAGAGCGGGUGAUCAUACGCCGUCUAAUCCACUUCCUCUUCCCGUCCAACUACUCGCAAUACCGCAAAAACAGGACCGUGGACCCGAACGAGAUGCUUCGUCGCAUCCACGUCCACCCAGUCAUUACCGGCAUGGACAUUGAAUUCCUCGUGGCCAAAAUUGAGCACCUUUUCCAAUCCACACAACGUUUUAUCGACUUUGCGCCCAAGGUAUACGGCUUGCUCGACAACUGGCUCGACAAGCGCCUUGAAUGGUUCGAACUGCAAGAUCGCGUAAAACAAUUUGUCCACAACAUGCCGCUGCGCGCAACCACGUGGGAUACGGUCGAUCAAAUGGCCGCCAUGGGCAUCCACCAGAACGCAAAGGUCAGUGUACCCGGCCAGGAAUGGCCCCAGUCCGUUGGUUCGGGGGCGCUGCUGGCCACGCUUGUAGCCAAGGAGCUCAAGAAUUUUUACGGCACCACCGGGACACAGCGCGAGAAUAUGGCGAUUGCGAAGUUCCUAAAGGAUGCUUAUGAUUACGAUGUCCAUCCCAAACCGGGCAUGAUGGCGCAGUCUGGAGUGGAGGGGAUGGACGGCGUGGAGCGAGAUGGGAGCAGCUCUGGGAGCGAGAUGAGGGAGGCUAUGUUGGCGAAUUUGAAUGUCGAUAUUUCGAAGAGGGAUAGGAAGACGGAUUCCGAAUGA